AUGGACUCUCUCUACUCUGACCCGGAUGGUCUUCUGCGUUGUAAUCUUUGCGGUGCUAUUGUGGGAUUCUGCAGUCACUACUCACCAUUUACUGGCACUCCCUUCGAAGCUCCUACUUAUAUGACCCCUCCAGAAUUGCCACAGGGUCCGCUGCAACCACCUGUGUUCGAUGACCUUUUCGUCGACUUUCCCGAGGAGCGUCCUCCAGCGCCAAAUCAUACCAUCCCCGUCACUAGCCCGUCACUGGACGGCUUGAAUGUAGAUAUUCUCAACCUGGAUGCUACAACUGUGACCCGAGAAACAGUCGAGAAUUACCUCGAGGAUAUCUACACACCUGGUUAUCGCACAAUGGUCCCAGAAGUCGAGCCCGCAGCAGUCAAGCCGCAGCAGCCCCCCAUUCGCCGACAGCCACCCAUCCCAGGCGGAUUUCAUUGCACAGUCAAGAAGUGCACGAGGGCUUUCGAUCGCUCAUGCGAUCUUAAUCGUCACUAUAAAUCACAUCUUGAACGUAAUCAGCGCCCUCACAAAUGUGAGCUGUGCGAAUUACGAUUCUUGUACCCGAAAGACUGCAAGCGUCAUCAGCAAACCCACAAUCCACAAUUAUCCAGACGGACGAUUUUCUACUGUACCGUACCUGGAUGCAUAAAUGUAGACGGUUUCUCUCGUCGUGACAAUCUCCUGCGCCAUAUGCGCAAUCAUCACCGUUGA